AUGCCAAGGGCGGACGCGAUAGGCGGGUGCGACGUUUUUGAUCCGUUACUGUUUGUCGGCGGAGGAAGUGAUGAACGGGACCGACUGCAAAUGCCGGGUAACGACCUCCAGGGCGCGCGAGCUCUCGAGGCUGGCCGUCCCGUGUCAACCGUCUCCACCCCGUCCGGAGAAGGGAAUCCCCCGCAGUGGCCGAGCCUGCUACCCGGAGUAGCAUGCUCUCUCCCCCUUGUGCCGGCUGCUAAUGUUACGUCCGUCCUAACGCCUGGCUCUGCCGCACCCGCCGCUGCAUUCGGGGCGCCUGGUCGAGUUGAAGCCUACGCCGAAACCCCAACCGUAGGGCAAGUAUCUGUUCCGCCACUCCAGCAGCCAGAGACAUACCAUGCUGACCUUGGAGACCGGUGCAGGACCGAUGCGUCUCGAGACGUUGCAAAUGCGGCUGGGACAGGCCCCUGGCUGCCAUCCGAAGCCGCCCCCUCAAGGCUCACGGUGCACUUGAUGGGGCACCAAGAGCAGGGUCUGCGCUGGAUGACGCAGAUGGAACAGAGCCACCGGCGCGGCGGCAUUCUGGCGGAUGAAAUGGGACUGGGGAAGACCGUCCAGGCCCUGGCUUUGAUUGUAUCUCGCCCGCCCGCCAGCCCUGACCGGCGGUCAACCCUGGUAGUGGCACCGGCCGGCCUUGUACCGCAGUGGAAGCGCGAGAUCGAGCGGCUUCUGCCCCCUGAUCCGCUGUAUCCGCGCGUCCACGUCUACUAUGGGCCCGCACGACGAACGAGGUUCGACGAUCUCACGAGGGCCGGGAUCGUCCUCACCACCUUCAGCACGGUGAUGGUCGAAUUCCGGCGCCAAUCGCCUGAUUCGCCCCUUCUGGGCGUGUCCAGCAACUGGCAUCGCGUCAUCCUGGACGAAGCGCAGUCGAUCAAGAACGAUCGGUCGAAAGUAGCUACCGCCUGCUGCGCCCUGGAUGCCACGUACCGGUGGUGUCUGAGCGGGACUCCCGUGAUGAACAGCCCGCGCGAGUUCUGUUCUCUGCUGCGGUUCCUGCGGAUUCAUCCCAACACUGCCCUUGAUGCCUCCAACACCACCCGUCAACCCACCAGCGAUACCAUCGGCAGGCGCAGCCGGCAGGUGGCGAUGGCGCAGCUACAAGCGCUCGCCAAGGAGAUCAUGCUGCGUCGCACCCAACUAUCCACGCUCGGCGGCCAGCCGAUCAUCUCCUUGCCGGUGAAACACAUCCGGACGGUCUACGUGUCUUUUAGCUCGGAGGAACAGAGACUCUACGCGGCGCUGGAGAGCCGCACACGGCACCACUUCCGCCUGUGCCUCCAUCGCCGCAGGGUCCGCAGCAGCGACAUGCUGGGCCUCUUGCAACGUCUCCGACAGGCGUGCUGCCAUCCGUCCCUCGUUCCGCACGUUACCGACGACACCGAUCGGCAGCUCGAAGCGAAUGCGCAACGGUUCGCCGAGGCCGUGGUUGCCCGUCUGCAGGAUAACGAACACGUGCAGUUUUGUCCCAUCUGCCUUACCCAGGUCGGCAACCCUCUAAUAUUCUUCCCGUGUGGCCACAGCAUCUGCCCGGAAUGCUUUGAACGGGUCGCAGCCGAUGAUCGACUGCAGCAUCAGGGAUCGGCCCAGAGCGACCAGAUGCGGUGCCCCACCUGCCGCACCCUCCUUGAUCUCUCCCAGAUCACCGACUACGCGUCAUUCUCCCAGUGCCACUAUAUCCCACCAGCAGACAGCACAGAGGAUCACGCCGGUCUCACACUGGCGGCCGGCUCGCGGGACGGCGCUCAUCCAACUACCUCCGGUGACCACACGAGCGAGGCGGCGGCGGACUUGGACCUCCUCGCUCAAUUUGGCUUGCGGCACGACGGAUUGCUCGCGCAGCCACAAGUCGCACGCGCAUUACCGAAUCCAGCCCCGUGGCUGAGCCUCUCGGCGCGGAGAAGGCAGGCGAGCGCGAGCCAAGCGGCCCGGCGCCAGUACCAAAAAGAUCUGGAAGCUCAUUGGACCGGCAGCGCGAAGAUCGAUCGGGCCCUCGAGAUUGUGCGCGCGGUGCAGGGCCGCGGUCAGAACCAGAAAGUGGUCAUCUUCAGUCAAUUCACCGCGCUCUUGGACCUCCUGUCCGUCCCCCUGGCGCGACGAGGCUGGGCGUUCGAACGGUAUGACGGCAGCAUGAAUCUGGCAGCCCGCGACGCCGCCCUCACGACCUUCGCUCGCCCCGACUGUGGGGUCCUGCUCGUGUCCCUUCAAGCCGGCAACGCGGGGCUGAACCUCACCUGCGCGUCCGAAGUCAUCCUGCUGGAUCCGUUCUGGAAUCCCGACCGGUACAUGUGCAUCGCAUCCUCGUCCAGCAUACCAUCGAGGAUCGGAUCCUGGCGCUGCAACGCGCCAAGCGCCAAUUGA